AUGGCGACGAAGCUCCUGACCUUGGUCGUCCUCGCUGCCACGUGCGCGCUGAGCCUCGCGGGCUCGAGCUUCUACACGUCGGCGGGCGCCGUCAAGAAUCUUGACCCCAAGUCCUUCCAGAAGGAAGUCAUCGAAGGCAAGGGCGUCUGGCUCGUCGAGUUUUACGCGCCGUGGUGUGGCCACUGCAAGAGCCUCGCGCCCGAGUGGAAGAAGGCGGCGAAGGCGCUUGAUGGCAUCGUCAACGUCGCCGCCGUCGACUGCGACGAGCACAAGAGCCUCGCCGGCCAGUUUGGCGUCCAGGGUUUCCCGACAAUCAAGAUCUUUGGCGACAACAAGCGCGCGCCGGUCGACUACCAAGGCGAGCGCUCGGCCAAGGCCAUUGUCGACGCAGGUGUUCGCGAAGCGUCGAAGCUCGCCAAGGCCCGUCUCUCGGGCAAGGCGGAGAAGACCAAGACUGAGAAGAAGCCCAAGGCCGAGAAGGCCAAGGCCAAGCCGUCGUCGUCGUCGUCCUCGGACGUUGUCACGCUCACGGAUGAUACGUUUGACGAGCUCGUCUUGAACAGCGGCGACGUGUGGCUUGUCGAGUUUUUAUGCGCCGUGGCAGCGUCCGAGCUCCGCGGCUCAGUCAAGCUUGGUGCGCUCGACGCAACGGCCCACGAAGCCAAGGCGGCCGAGUACGGCAUCAAAGGCUUCCCCACGAUCAAGGUGUUUGGCCCGAAUGCGGCGUCGGCCUCGGACGCGACCGACUACCAAGGCCCGCGCCAGGCCAGUGGCAUCACGGCGUAUGCGCUGCAGAAGCUCGAGACGCUCGGCGGCGGCAUGAAGCUGCCGGAAGUCACGUCGGAAAAGGUGCUCUUGGACCACUGCGCGGGCAAGGCCAUCUGCGUGCUCGCGCUCCUCCCGCACAUUAUCGACGGCGGCAAGGCCGGUCGCGAGGCCUACUUGGCGCAAGUCGAAAGCGCGGCCAAGCUCGUGCGCGGCAAGCCGUUCCGCUUUGCGUGGGUCCAAGGCGGCAACCAAGCGGCGCUCGAAGAGGCGUUCGGGCUCACGUUUGGGUACCCGUCGGUCCUCGCCAUCAACUUGGACAAGCAGCGCUACUCGGUCAUGCACGCGGCCUUCGACUCGACCUCGAUUGCGUCCUACUUGGAGGGCAUCUUCUCCGGUCGCCAGUCGACGUUCCCGUACGAGACGUUGCCCCAGAUCGCCAAGACGACCGGCUGGGACGGCCAAGACGCGACAUUGGAGAGCUUUGCGGACGACGACGACGACGACAUCAUGGCCGAACUCGGCCUUGGCAAGGACGAACUAUAAGCGGCAACCUGUUGCCGAGCGUUGCUUUCGUAUCGAGGUAUCAACUUGUAGGCAGGAAUCGUCGAAUAAAGCGCGCUCUAACCAACGCUGCCCAUCUCGUGCAA